AUGCAAAGUGAUUCGUCGUCGCUUGACACGCUCAAAAACAGUCUGUUGAGCGCCGUCGAUGCUGAUUAUAAUGUAACUAAUGCAGAAAAAGUAUUGGAUAUUAUUUCACAACUAGAGAAAAUUGCAAUAACAAGAGAUCAAUUACAAGCAACUCGUCUUGGCCGAGAAAUCAACACUAUUAGACAGAAAAUCGAUGCACGAAAGAAAAGUGCUCAACAAACGGGAGAUAAUCCUCAAUCGAUCAUUGAAAUUGCUCAACGAGCGAAGAAACUUCUACGGUCUUGGCAAGGUUUACUUAAUACAGCACAAACUGAUAGUAAUCACUCGUCACCAUCUGUUCCACCGGUAUCAGUCCCUUCGGUAGCGCCGGUCAAUGGUGAAAGUCACGAACCGUCAUCACCACCAUCGAAGCCACCUCGUUCUCGUAUAAUAUUAAAAGUGAAAAUCAAUCCAUCAAUAGCAGCAAAUAGUAACAAUGAUAAUAAUAAUAUUACUAAACCCAAACGAAAACAUGAUGAAGAAAUCAAUGGUCUAUCUGGCAAACGACGUAAGACUCAAGUUGAAACACCGAUUACACCACCACCACCUAUUUCUCCUGUGCCAAUCAUUGAUCCCAGUUUACCAAGGCUUAAAACUACUCAGCAACUUCUCAUGGAAAUGCAACUGAAUCAACCUGAUGUUCUUUCGACUCAAACACCAACUGUGAACGCUAUUUUACAGCAUCAAAUCGUAGAUGAAAGCUUACAUGACACGGGAAAAGUUGAUUAUUCAGCUUUACAUCAUGGAAGAGACACAGCUACUUCGAAUGCCAAUACUAGUUAUCAAAAGCAAUUACCAUCGUCCACCCUUCCAAAUGUUAUAUCUCCUACUAACUCCACAUUGUCAACCGGUUCAUCAUCUUCAAAACGUUCUGGCCUUGUGCGCCGUCCAUCAUCCAAUUUACUUACAGCGAAUACGAAUUGGGAAAAUGGUAGUAGUGCUGGUGGUUCUCCAAUAUCUCCAUCUUCAUCGUCAUCUUCAUCCAUUGGUAGUGCGACGUCGUGGCCUAUUUCUACAAACAUUCCAGACCCGCCAUCAUCAAUACCUGUCAUUCCAAAAAAGAAACGUCGAAGAAAACCAACAGAUCAGCAAGAACCACUAGCAGCAAUAACAGCACAACAACAGCCUCCUCAAAAACAAAUCGAUUCAUCUACUAUCGAACAGUCAACCCCAUUAUCUCCUGAUCUAACCACCAUAUGUUCAGCUUAUGAUACAGUUGCUGAUCUUGUUGAAGCUCAUCGUCAACGCAUGCUCGAAGAACAUGAUGCACGAGAAUUAGAAGCAAGACCUGAUCUACUUCUGGUUCCAGUCGAUCAACUUGCUUUUGUUUACGAACGAGAAAGGACUAAAGAAUUAACUCUAACAUCAGGCUCAACGUCAACAUCUCUGACAAAGGUUGAUACAAUUAAUCAACCAUAUGGUCUGGUUGCUUUACCAUUUAUUGAUUGUCCACUUGAAUUUGAUCUCGUACUGGAUGAAUUAAUCGUACAACAGCCGACGAUAGACACAUAG